CACAUGACGGCAGCAGCGAGCGGCUUCCGGAGCCGCUCCGCCCCCCCCACCUCCACCACCUGCAGUACCGCCGUUCGGACGCACGGUGGCAGCACACGCUCCCUUUUUCGGUGCCGCAGAUCCAGCUUUUGUUGCAGUACUUGAAGAAUGACCCCAGGAAAGCUGUGAAGAGACUUGCAAUCCAAGAUUUAAAGUUGCUGGCCAACAAGACACCACAUACGUGGAGCAGAGAAAACAUUCAGGCACUCUGUGAAUCUGCUCUUCACACUCCUUACGACAGCUUGAAGCUGGGCAUGCUGUCUGUUCUUUCCGUGUUAUCGGGGACCAUUGCCAUUAAACAGUACUUCAGCACUGCUCCAGGAACAGCAACUACAACUACAAGGUCAUUUGAUUUAGUAAAACUGGCACAGGAGUGCUGUUACCAUAAUAACCGUGGCAUUGCAGCUCAUGGUGUGAGAAUUCUGACUAAUAUAUCAGCCUCUUGUCAGGAAAAAGAUCUUCUGCCUUUGGAGCAAGAUGCAGGUUUUGGCUUAGAAGCUCUACUUGUUCUUUGUAGUCAAGAUGACAGUCCAGGAGCUCAAGCAACCUUAAAGAUCACGUUAACUUGCAUGGUGAAGCUGGUCAAGUGCCGUCCUCACCUGAGCCAGUCAGUAGUUGAAUCCCUGCUGACCCAGCUACACAGCGCCCAGGAUGCUGCCAGGAUUCUCAUGUGCCAUUGUUUAGCAGCUAUUGCCAUGCAGCUGCCUGUCCUAGCAGAUGGGAUGCUAGGAGACCUUAUGGACCUCUAUAAAUUAAUUGGACUAUCUGCCACAGAUAAAAAACAGGAACUCUUGGUAAGACUUCCUUCUGGUAAAUAGGUCUUAGAUUCAUAGAGUCAUAGAAUCAACCAGGU